AUGCUUGCCGGAGCUGGGCUUCUAUGGAUGGGAUGGUCCGGUUUUAACGGUGCUCCUUACGCCGCCAACUUAACCUCCUCGAUCGCGGUGCUCAACACUAACCUCUCGGCCGCGACUAGCCUCCUCGUAUGGACCACACUUGAUGUCAUCUUCUUUGGCAAACCUUCUGUCAUCGGAGCAAUUCAAGGCAUGGUUACUGGCCUAGCCGGCGUCACUCCCGGAGCAGGGUUGAUCCAAACAUGGGCUGCUAUAAUAGUUGGAGUAGUCUCAGGAACAGUUCCAUGGGCUUCUAUGAUGAUCCUUCACAAGAAAUCUGCUCUCCUUCAAAAGGUGGAUGAUACAUUAGCGGUGUUUUACACACACGCCGUGGCCGGUUUACUUGGUGGAAUAAUGACAGGUUUGUUUGCACAUCCUGAGCUCUGCGUCUUGAUACUUCCUCUCCCAGAGACCAAUGGAGCUUUCUACGGCCGCAAUGGCGGCAAACAGCUUUUGAAACAGUUGGCAGGAGCUGCCUUCAUUGCCGUCUGGAAUGUGGUGUCGACGACUAUCAUACUACUCGCUAUUAGGGUGUUCAUACCAUUGAGAAUGGCUGAGGAAGAGCUCGGGAUUGGAGACGACGCUGCACAUGGGGAAGAAGCUUAUGCUCUUUGGGGUGAUGGAGAGAAAUUUGAUGCUACAAGGCAUGUGCAACAGUUUGAGAGAGAUCAAGAAGCUGCACAUCCUUCUUAUGUUCAUGGUGCUAGAGGUGUCACCAUUGUUCUAUGA